CUCCCCGCCAUUACUGACGUCGCAAGACCGAACUCUUGAGAGAGCUAGAAAGACCUUCAGCGCAUUUCCCAACGUCACAAAGAUCGAGGCAGAAAAUAUACCAAUUCACACUGACUAACUCCCUAGCUACUUGCCAACUCGUUUCGUACAAACCUUGAAAGCCCUGAUCCAUCAAUCCAAAGGCGCUGGCCUUGUGAUUACAGUACUCUGUAACACUUCUUGAGUGGCGCAAAGACGGCCCAUUACGGAUCGGCCUCGCAGAUCCCAUCCAACUGGGAGGCGGAGCAAACUUUGAAUUAUCAGCCUAAGGGGCCUUUAAAGGCUGCGUCCCCAUCAAUGCCUGUGCAAGAUAUCAUAACCCUUCCGUGAACAACAAAGCCACCGCUCUGUCUAAGACAAUCUGACAUCUACGCCACGAUGGAGACACCGGCUGUCCCAAUGCCCAAGGACGCCCGGGAGCGGCAGAUCCUGGACAAGCUCGUACUCAUCCGUGAUGAGCUGCUGCUUCUCAAGAGGGACCGUACAAAGUACAUCCGGACGCAGGAUGUCAUGGUGCACUACGAUCAGCUCGUGGAGCAGGUCAUGCACCUCAACGAAAUCCGAAAGGGCGAGCACAAGGGAGAAAACAGAUUGGAUAAGGUCCUCGAAAGCUGUUUUCAGCUCAUCUCGCUCUUCUUCAUGACGAUCGGGCGGACAACCGAGGCUCCAGCUGCCUAUGCGCUGACGUCGACGAUCAAGAGGCUACUGGACCACCUCACCGAAUCGAGGCUUUUCUCGGCCAAGGACCUUAACAGCAUAGCUGACACGCUCGGCAAGCUCGACGGCAUCCUGAAGAACACAAAUUCAGAGCACUCGCCGUACCUCGUGGAGCUGUUGGCCAACAGGGAGGAGUUGUGCAAGAAGAUGCUGGUCGACCUGCGAAAGCAACUAGACGAGUUGGAGGAGCCAUUGCAGGCCGUCUAUGAGAGGCUCAUCUCCAUCUUGAGAUCCAUGUCGCUUGCGAAUACCAAGGCCAAGUUCUCGACAACAGAAGUCCAAAAGCUAAGGGCGAAUCUUCAAGAGAUCGACGAGUCGAGAGUGAACGGUAAGUUUGUGGACAAAGAAGGCAGGGAGCUCCGCGGAAGCGACGUCGUGUCGGACCUCCUGCAGCGCUGUUUAUUGUGGUCGGAUAUUGUUCUGGAAAGGAAAGGCGUAAUCCCCGAGGCUUUCAAGUCCACAUACGACACCCUUAUCGGCAUCCGCAACGAGCUCGAGAAGCUGUCCCUCACGCAAGCCUGGUCCCUGCGCGAGACCGACCUAUACGAUUUCCAGCGGGAGCUCGACAAGAUCGACGAGGCCAGGGUUGAUGGGAACUGGCUCGAUCAGGACGGCAAGCCCGCCGAGCUGUACGUCCAACGGACGCUGCUCUAUCUCAUCCGCCGCAGCUACGGGUACAUUUACUACCUGAUGAUCUCCUCCGAGCCGGUGUCAGAGGCGUUACUGCCCAUCUAUAACCAGCUUCAAACGCUGAAGCGGUGUUUGAUUGAGGUGAAGAACUCCGGGGGUGUGAGUUCAGUUAGAGAGUUGUAUCCAUAUAGCAUGAAGCUGAAUUCGAUCGACAACAUGAGGGUGGACGGCAAGUUCAUGGUCGGUGACGAUAUCCCCGAAGGCCAGGGCAGUGUCAGCGAGCUUCUGGCGGAGUGCUUUGACCUCAAUUAUGAACUGAGGUUGGCCGCGGAGGAACUGGAGAAUGGGGGCAGUGAUUCCCCUGCUUCUACCACUGCACAAACAACAACCACCUAGGAAAGCCAUGAGACGGAAGAUGGACGUUCUAUUUUACAAUCGUGUAGUAACAAUUCUCCUCACGGCUCAGGCAGCAAGUAGCACGGCGUUUGCGAGGGGAGGCCAUGUCAUGUAUAGGCGGCGGGGCAUACGGGGAUACGGGGCGGCAGCAUCACUUCUCGGCUCAGGUUAUGUACCAGAGAAAACGGCCAAGGGAGGCACUCUCAGUAG